GUUGUGUGGUGCUGUGCCAUGCUUGUUCACUUCCUUCAAGGUGCAAACGCAUUUGUGGGUGCAAGAAAAUUGUUCUGAGGAAGGAGCAUAACUCUUCACUUGUUCCGCAUCUCGUGUCUGCUCUUCAUCUGUGCAUUCCACUUGACUACCGCGUCAAUGAGAGACUUGUUGCAACUGAAUGGGAGUGACAGGGUAGAUGAUCCAGGGGAAGGCCCGAGCGGGAGUAGAUCCUAUCCAAUGCGCCAUGAAAUAUUCUCCCCAUCGAGGGAACGAAUGACGGGUGAUGACGAUGUGAUCCAGUUUCGGGAGGAAGACGAUGAGGUUUCCAACGAUGAGGCGCCGAUUGGAGAGGGAGGAAUAAGUGUUGCAGCCGUCUUGGCUGCAGAGGAAAAUUUGGACACAGACAGUCAUAUUGCCUAUUUACAAGAGCCAUAUGAAGGAGUGGAUGUUCAAGUGCACCAAGAAGAUCAGGAGGGUGCCAAGGACGAAGAAAUCGACAUUCCUCUUAAGGUUAGGCCUAUAGCUGAUGACAGUGGAGAAGACAGUGAUGAUGAUGAUGUUAAAGGUGCUGGUGAUUUGGGGGCUUAUAAUCCUGCUGAUUAUGAACAUUUGGCAGUGUCUGGAGAGAUUAAAGAAUUGUUCCAACUAAUCACAAGAUAUACACCACAGACGAUUGAUUUGGAGCAUCGCCUGAAGCCAUUCAUUCCAGACUACAUUCCUGCUGUUGGUGAUAUAGAUGCUUUCAUCAAAAUUCCUCGACCUGAUGGUGCUGCUGACACCUUGGGCUUGACAAUCCUGGAUGAGCCUGCUUUGAAGCAGAGUGACCCUACUGUCCUUGAUCUCACUCUCAGAGCUGUUGCCAAGCAGAGCUCAGCCAAAGCUAUCGCAGUGAAGUCAAUUGAUGAUGCUGAGAAGAACCCCAAAGCUAUUGAAAAAUGGAUAAAGGAUAUAAGUGACCUUCACCGCUCCAAGCCUCCACCCACUGUCCACUAUACCAAGCAAAUGCCAGAUAUUGAUUCCCUGAUGCAAGAAUGGCCUGGAGAAUUUGAAGAUUUGCUGCGAGAAGUAGGUCUUCCUACAGCUGAUCUGGAUUGCAGUCUCUCAGAAUACACAGACAUUGUUUGCUCUUUAUUGGAUAUCCCCGUGUACAAGUCUCGGGUUCAGUCCCUGCAUGUGCUGUUCACCCUUUAUUCUGCUUUCAAGCAAUCUCAGCAUUUCCAGACCUUUGGUCAAGACAAGGUCAUUGAGGAGCCAGAUCACCUGAACAUGUUGGCUGUAUUUCCUUUGCCCAGAACCUUCAGUGUCACUGGCUCCUCAUAUUGUGCACCUGACACGCAAGAGUUUGAACUCGACAAAAUGGGUCGCAUAUUCCUUGAACACAUUGGAGGUGCUCGUCUCUUCUCAUGUGCAACAUGUGAAACAGUGCUUACAAACCGAAGUGAACUUAUUAGCACACGAUUCACAGGUGCCACUGGUCGAGCCUUCCUUUUCAACAAGGUUGUCAACUUGAAGUAUAGUGAAGUUCAAGACAGAGUAAUGCUGACUGGCCGCCACAUGGUUCGAGAUGUGUCUUGCAAAAACUGUAAUGCAAAAUUGGGUUGGAUUUAUGAGUUUGCAACUGAAGAAACCCAGAGGUACAAAGAGGGGCGAGUUAUCCUUGAGAGAGCCCUUGUCACUGAGAGUGAGGGAAUGGAGGAGCAUUCAAGUGACAACUCCUAGAGAUCCUAUGUAUGACCCAAUUAGAUUUGACCACUAUUUUUUCUUUUUCUUCUUUGUUUUGUAUGUUUCACAUUGGGCUGACAGAUGACUGAUUGUUGAGAUGAUUGGACAUGUAGUUCUGGAGGAGCUUCAUUUCUUUUCAUGAUGCCUUUCCAGACUACCAUAUAUCUGUGAUAAAUCUAAGGAAAUCUUAUCAGGGAGACACCCAUUAAAUAGAUCCCUGAGAGCAGUUGUUUUCUUCAGAGAAGACUGACUUCAAAGACAUGCUUCCAGGCCAUGUUUGAUAAAUCUAUUUGGAGGCUGUGGGACUGGGGAAUUGCACAACUACCAUGCAGAAAACUUUCCUCCCUUGGGAGGUUGAUGAUAUUGAGAACUCAUUACACAUUUGCUGUAGUUCUACUUUUCCCUGCUUACCAUAAUAAAUAGGAAAGCUUUUAUUGGGAACAGGAAUAAACUCCUCUAGCAUUUUGUGACAUCAGCUUGUGAUUAUACAACAUAUACACUGCUGAUCAACAUAUGUAGACAACAACUGAAUAUAUUGGGGAAAUUGCAGCUGUGACAUAACACUAAGAGUUUUAUGUCAUAACAGGAGAAUAUUGAAAUUCUAAUGGUAAUUUAUUAAAUGAAAACUAAAAAAUGUUUGAAAAUUUUUGAAAAAAUGGUCACUUGGCACUAGCUAUUCUAAGGGGGAGACUAGGCCAGGCCUCCCCUCUAUCCUUCACACACUGGUAAAAAUAUUUUUUUUUUUAUCAUCCAUUGUCAUCAGAAAAUUAUAUCUUCAUUUCAUAUACAUUUAUCUUCAUGUAGCUCCUGACAUCAUAAAUCUGUUUCUGUGAACCAGAUGUCAAGACCAUGUGAUAUAUGUCCUGACCAUCUCCACAAUCCAUGAAUUUAGUAUGAAGCCUGUCAAAAUGCUUAGCAAGGAGUUAUUACUCACAAAAUGAAUAUCACACACUUGCAAUACUGAUCUGUCUUGAAGAAUCUUAUGCUAUCCAUAUUUGACUUGCAUUAGCAAGCAUGUUAAAACCAAGCA